AUGUCCACAGACCAAUCGUGGCCCGUCAAGAAGGUGGCACUCUCACCACCUCCGCUGCACGCUCUCGCUGAAGCCAUCACUUCCACACUUUCGUCCAACUUCUCCUCUUCAUCAUGCACAGUGGAAACGCCACCCGAUCUCACUCUCCCGCCCUACCACCUUGCCGGCCCGGGACUGACUGGCUCGCCUCGUGUCGUCGAAGUCGGCGAUCCAUCGUACCUGGUUCGCUCCGACUUCAGCCGCAGGUACGAGCUGCGAGCCAUAGCCAGCCAGGCGGACAUGUCGCCCACGUCGGGCCUGAUGAUCGGUGCCGGCGCCGGUCCCUUUUUUGUGCUGGGCCAGAACGCUGAACUGAUGCCCAACUUCGCGUACGGCACAGCAGCUGCACCCCCCGGAGAGCCUUCUACUACAGCUGCUGCGUCGACCAUGACGCGCAAUCGCACGCACUACGCCAAGAUCACAUCGCCUUCCGACGCCGUCUCGUGCUGUCCGUUGCCAUCCAGCUCGAACUUGGGGUUGAUGUGUAACUUGUUCUGCUGCGACGGAGAGCCAGGCCCGUGUCUGCACGUCAAGGCGCGAUCGCGGACUGGUCCGCUCAACCUCACGCAGGCCAUCCAGCAAGGUCUGAAAUCUGCGUUUGGCGACGACCGCCUCAUUUCCCUGGGCGGCGUGUUCCUGAUCCGCAAGGGCAAGGCAAGGUUGCAUGUCAUGCCGGAUUUCCCUGCGCAACCGUUCCGCGACCAUGACGACGUGGUGAAGUGGUUACGCUUCUUCGACAUGGAGUUUGACGAUGGCGACGGGUCCGACGCUGGCCCACUGGUGUGUUUGAGUGUCGUGCACUCCGGGGAUGACAAGGGCCUGAAUCUGCGCAUGGAGCACACACAUUGUUUCACUGAGGCCGGGGAUGGGAGCGCGGAAACUACCAAGGGCGGGCACUAUCAUUACGAUGUGGACGACACAAAGCAAGAGGUCGAGUAUGAAGGGUGGUUCAAUGUCGCCGAGUCUGUGUAUAGGGUUGACUAUCCUUGA